GUUGGCUGAGAAUAAAUGGCCCUGGCUGCCGCUGGUGCAAUGCUACGCUUUCCGGCCUUGCGAGAAGUCGGGUGCCACGCGGGGACUCGUGCCGCAGUUCGUACUGCGGUGUCGCCGGGCUGACCACGAAGGAGGACACCGCUUGUCUGUCUCCACCGCCGGCCCCCACGAGAGCCAGGUGAUUAAUACUUAAAUACCUGUGUUUUGGACACCGUGUUCAUAAUGGAAUUUCCUGACUUGGGGAAGCACUGCUCAGAACCGACUUGCAAGCAACUAGAUUUUCUGCCAAUAACAUGUGACGCAUGUAAACAAGAUUUCUGUAAAGACCAUUUUUCCUAUGCCAGUCAUAAGUGUCCCUUUGCGUUCAAGAAGGACGUGCAGGUGCCCGUGUGUCCCCUCUGUAAUGUCCCAAUCCCUGUGAAAAAAGGUGAGAUCCCAGAUGUGGUGGUUGGAGAGCACAUGGACAGAGAUUGCACCUUUCACCCUGGGAGGAGCAAAAAGAAGGUUUUCACACACCGAUGCUCAAAAGAGGGAUGCAGGAAGAAGGAGAUGCUGCAGCUGACUUGUGCACAAUGCCAUGGCAACUUCUGCAUUCAGCAUAGGCAUCCUCUGGACCACAACUGCCAAGCCGGAAGCAGCUCAGCCAGCAGAGGGAGGCCUUCAACAUCCGGAGCUCCUGAGCAGAAGCCAUCGGGAAUCAGUUGGUUGGCCCAGCAACUCAGGCGGACCGUGAAGUGACAGCAAGGCUCCUGUCUGGGCCGCACACCCGCUCCUGUCUGUUGGGUUUUAACCUUGGUGAUGUGGCCUCGGGUGCUUUCCUGAUUCUGCUGCUACACUGAGUCUUUAUGAGAACCUCUCCCGUUGACUGUUGAAGUUAGGGCAGAGAGAUGGCUCACAAACAUGAGGACCUAGUUAGCCCAAGAGUCCAUGUUUUUAAAAAAGCCAGAUGUGGGGUUGUAAUCCCAACACUUGGGCGGUGGAGACAGGAGAAUCCCUAGGACUCUCUGACCAGCAGCCUAGCCUAAUUGGAGAGUUCAUACCACCAGAGGAAGACCGACAUACCACCUCAAGAAACAAGGUGGACACUUCUGGGGAGGGACAUUGGAGAUUCACUUCCGGCUUCACACACACAUGUGCACGCACGCGCACACACACACACACACACACACACACACACACACACACACACACACACGAUGCACAAAUUAUUUAACAGAAUAAAUGAGGCUGUUCAGCACUUGGAGGUGUGUUAGGUUACCAUAGCAAGCUGCUGAACUCAGGAGCCAAGGACCUGUGUACACCUCAUUAGCUGUGGCUUUGACCUGUGCUGAAACCAUUCCAGGACUUGGUGUUCUGGGAAAUUCUGUCCCAGAGCUGCUGAUGGCUCUACAUUCUUCCCUACAUGGCUUCAGUAAUGAGAUGCUUGUGGGGCACAGUCCACUCAUGGUGCCCAAGAACACAAGUCAGUGUAGUGCCCUUUCCUGAGCUUGGGCCAGGGCUGCUGUGGAGGGGAGAAGGGUGAGCACGUGGCCUGCAGUAAUUUCUCCACCACACUUAGCCAUGCCAUGACUCCUCAUGCCUGGAUUCAGGGGUUUUUCUUUGAGACAGUCUCACUAUGUACCUCCAGCUGUCCGGGAAAUCACUUUAUAAACCAGUUUGGCCUCAGCCUGACUGCCUCCCAAGUGAGGGUUCAGGUUUAACUCCCAAGAAGAGCAUCGUGGAACGGGAGCCAUCUCGAAACUUCUGAUGUUGAAAUCUGGUAGAAGGCAGAGGGCGUCCUUCUUGGGCUCUAUGAGGAACAGUGGGGAUGGGCCACAUUGAUCCUGUGUCACCUGCAUGGCCUGACCACUUCUACCACCAGCUGGCCGUGACAUGUCUGGAGUACCCUGGUGAUGACACCAGUGCUAGAUUGAUGGACACUGGGUGUCAGGGACAACAUGGAACCAGCCGCCCAAGCCAGUUUUGCUCUUAACCCUGAUUUCUGACACCUUUGGGAAAGUUAAACUCCCUGAAUUACCUAGCAGCAUUCUGCAGGUUGUGUGGCCUCUGGCUGUGGCAGGGAGGCUGUGGUGGGUUCACUCAGGCUGUUCCCCAAGGACUUGACUGUGACUGUCUAAGCCGGUGCCUCUCCAGGGUCAAUGGGUACAGCUCCUGACUCCUCAUUGCACUGCCUUCUACCCCAGUCUCUGGCGAGAUCUGAGGGGACUUGGGGUUUGCUCUUAGAACAAGACCCAGGCAGUGGUGCUAUCUGCGAACAUGAGACAUAGUUUUUCUGUGUUUCCACUUCCUAGGAUGAUGGUAGCCAGUGUAGAGAAACUUUUAAUUCCACUUCAGUUUUAAAAUAGCUGGGCUCAUUCAUUAGAUAGUGUUUAAGUAUGUGAGGGACCUGGGUGUGAGGGUCUACUUUCUAACCAUUUUAUGAAAUAAAAAUGCUUCAGCUGAGAUGACUCCAAAUUGAGAUGGGCUGGGCAAUGGCCCAGUGAUUUAAGAGUUGGACUGCUCUUGAAGAUGACAAGAGUUCAGUUCCCAGCACCCACAUUGGAUGCCUCACAACUAUAUAUAAACCUCAGCUCCAGGGGCAUCCAAUGCCUCUGUCCUCUGGGCACUUGCACUCAAAGGCACAGACUUAUUAAACACAAAGAAAAAUCCAGUACAUUGGGAAAGGUUAGGGCCUAGCUUUGUUGGGUUAACACCUUGAGUCCACCAGUGAGGAGCUGCGGCCAUGAUUCCAUAGGAGGGCACCUGCCUAGAACCCCUCAGGUCUGGGGCAUUGUUUAGUAGUAGAGCACCUGCCUAUCACAUCUGAGACAAAGGAAGCCAAACAAAAUCACCAGGCUUUGAAGACAGUAUCAAAUGUAAGGCAUUGUUUAUAUGUUGAAAUAUUUUAUAUAUGAUGGUUAAUAAAACUAAUUUAUUUCA